AUGGCGCAAUUUGUCAGAAGCACGGUAUUAGGUGGAAAGUUUGAAACACCAGAAAGGUGCAGUGUUCUUGAAGAACCUUUCUUUGAAGAAAACUUGCUAAAAUUGUAUACAAAUCCAGAAACCCUGAGAAUUGGUGUUUCUGGAAUUGUUUGGUUGGUCGCCCUGUCUCAAACAUGUACAAAAGUACUAAUUAUUUACUCCGACGCUAGCUCUUCGUGGGAUCAGAUAAACCAACAAUAUGUUGCAGUGAAAAAGAUACUCGAGCCGUUCAGAACGCCAGCCACGACACAAUCUACCGACCUGCGAACAAUCCUAGCCGCAAAGUCUAUUGGACAUGAGUUCGUUCAAUUCUUUUUGUAUCAAAUUUUGAGGGGAUUGAAAUACAUUCAUUCGGCGGGAGUCGUUCACCGUGACCUGCACCCAGGAAAUAUCCUAAUCAAUCAAAAUUGCGAUCUCAAAAUAUGUGACUUCGGAUUUGCACGGGUCCAAGAACCACUCAUGACGGGCUACGUCUCCAACAGGUCCUAUCGGGCUCCAGAAAUUAUGUUGACGUGGCAAAGGUAUAACGAAAGAGUCGACAUCUGGAGCGCGGGCUGCGUCUUUGCCGAAAUGCUGCAGGGAAAGCCUCUUUUUGCAGGAAGAGACCAUGUUGAGCAAUUCUGUGCUAUCACGGAGUUACUUGGCACACCAAACGAGGAUCUUCUGGCUAGAAUCACCUCACCACAUGUCAGUUCAAAUGCAAUCUCGCUGUUUACUUUCACAACGGCAAUCGAUGGUCACUGUCUCAUACUGGGUUUCGUCCAGUCUCUCCCCUACCGCGAGGGUACAGGUCUCUCAGCCGUGUUCCCUUGCAUCGAUUCAACAAUGCUUAACCUUCUCGAAAAAAUGUUGGCAUUCGACCCUCGUGGCCGAAUCUGUGCCUCUGAUGCUCUUUCGGCUCCUUAUCUCGCCUCCUACCAUGACCCCACAGAUGAACCCCUAGCUGAGGAGGUAUUUGAUUGGUCGUUCAAUGGAACUCCGGGUUCCAGUCAUGGGUGGAAGCAUAAACUGUACGCUGAGGUGUCAGGAUAUCACAAACAAGCAGAGACUCAACAGGCUGUGAAAAGAUGGACGCAGACCGCUGGUGGCACUGAAACUGAAAAUAUGCCGCCAUAUUGA